AUGUCGUCAAACUCCCCUCCCGGUCUGCCUUCUUCCUACACCGCUCUCCCUACCAAGUAUAUCGCCUUAUCCCACGUUCCAGCCGAAUCGCCCACCCCGACCAAGGUCAUCGUCGUCACGUUGAAUCGUCCGGGAAAGAAUGCGUUUUCGACGGGUAGCAUCUAUCCAGCGUCGCAUCCCCUGCUGUCGACGCUUUUCUCGGAGGUGCUGCCCACGCCGGAAGCGACGGUGGCACGGGCGCUGGAGCUGACAAAGGAGAUUGCGGAGAACACAUCGACAGUGGCGACGGCGCUGAUGCGCGAUCUGAUGUACCAGGGGCCAGACAGCGCGGAGGCGAUGCACUUGCUGGACUCGCGGGUGAUCUUCGAUCUGUUUGGAGGGAGGGACAACCGGGAAGGCGUCCAGAGCCUCCUCGAGAAGCGCAAGCCGGAGUUUCAGGCCAAUUUCAGCAAUGCGGAUGAUGUGCCGGGCAUAUAUCCGUGGUGGACGCAGUUGACGUGA